AUGGCCCCCCUGCCAUCACCACCAGUGCCCCCUCUGGUCCACAGGAACAGUGCUAAGAAUCCCUUGGUCAUUGGGGAUGAUGCGGCAGAGUCAGGCUCGGCACCAAGCAGCGACGAUGGGUAUAUCCCACCCCCCAUCCGUACAACCCAGGCGCCCCUCCUGAUUACUGAUCGGGCGAUUAUCGAGGUGGAGAGUGGAGAUGAGAUUGAGGAACUGCCUGCCGUCCCUCGACCAAGACCCCGGCCUACUAUUUCGAGGGCAGAAAUCAAGAAGGUUGUUUAG